GAGAGAUGAGACAAUCCCACCAGCUGCCCCUAGUGGGGCUCCUAUUGUUUUCUCUUAUUCCAAGGCAACAAUGUGAGAUCUGCGAGGUAAGCAAGGAAUACUAUACUGCUCUAAACCCUCUGAUAAGCACAAUGAUCACUUCAAAAUAUACCAAAGGAAUCCAUGCUGCCAAUGUCCUGCUGUCCCUCAGACUUGGUGGGAUCCUGAACCCAAACCAAGAACAACAGCUGAUCCAACAAGUCAAUAUCGCUGUGGAAAAUAAAAAGCCAUCUUUAACCUCAGGACAGCUUGCAUUGGCUAUACUGGCUUUGGGAGCAUGUAAAGGGCCUGACGGAAUUUGUAUCAAUUAUUCUGAACUGAUCAAAAUAUUAGGAAAUAAAUACAAAGCAGAAAUUAAAAAUAUGGAAGACCAUGAUGGUAAUCCACUGACUAACUACUACCAGCUCAGCCUGGACAUUUUGGCCUUGUGUCUAUUCAGUGGGAAUUACUCAAUCACCGAAGUUACUAAAAUCUUGGAUCCUGAAAGUAAAAAUUACUAUUUUCAUGAACAGUUCUCAGUAGAUACUGGCGCGAUGGCUGUCCUGGCUCUGACCUGUGUGAAAAGAAGUAUAACAAGUGGGCAGAACAAAAUAGAUACAAAGGAUUUAGAGACUAUUGAUAAUCAUAUGGAGUCACUGAUAGCUAAGAUUCUGUCUCAGAAAAAAGAAAAUGGUCUCCUUGGAAACAUAUAUAGUACAGGAGAAGCUAUGCAGGCUCUCUUUGUCUCAUCAGACUAUUACAAUAAAAAUCAAUGGGAUUGCCAAAAAACACAGGAUACAGUGCUCACAGAAAUUUCUCAAGGAGCAUUCCGUAUGCCAACUGCUGCAGCUCAAAUCUUACCAGCCCUGAUGGGAAAGACCUACUUGGACAUUAACAAAGACUCUUCUUGUGUCUAUGGCUCAGAUAACUUCAACAUCUCCACUCAGGAGCCUAUAUCAGUGACACCUGCUGUCUCACACUCACAAAUCGAAGUAAAUUACUCUGUGGUAGUCAAUAAUCAAAUAGAUAACAUCAUGGUCUCUGUGGCAGAUGGUUCUGUCUUCCUAGAUGUGAUGGAAAAAGCUCAGAAAGAAAAUGCAACUCUAUUUAGUUUCACAGCAGAGGAGACCUCAUGGGGCCCCUAUAUCACCGCUGUUCGGGGCAUAAAGGCCAACAAUAAUGACAGAACCUACUGGGAGCUCCUGAGCAAUGGCGAACGCCUGAGCCAAGGAGUUGGUAGUUAUGUUGUCCAUGCAGGAGAUGAUUUGGAGAUUCGUUGGAGCACAUACUAA